CCUAACAGCACUGGGAAUGGCAGCACACUCAGCGGUUCGUUCCUUAUUCGAAACAAGCGGCUAUUGUGGAAGGCAAAGCUAGAAACGACGUCGUUUUUUGGAGCGAGUCCUCCAAUUUCAAACCCAGAUUUUUCUCAUUGGCGCAAUCCCUGUCUCUCGCUCUAUAUUUGUAGUAUCUAUUGGAGGAAGCGGAGGCCAACAAUAUCACACACACACACACACACACACACACACACACUCUCUCAGAUUCACUUCCUAAUUUCUUCUCUCUCUAUCUUCAGUCUAGGUUUCUUUUUUCAGGAAAGAGAAAAAAUGAGUGAUAUAAGGACCAAAUUCAUGGAGGUUUACUCGAUUUUGAAAUCGGAGCUCCUCAAUGACCCUGCUUUCGAGUUCACCGAUGAUUCUCGUCAAUGGGUUGAGCGGAUGCUGGACUACAAUGUGCCAGGAGGAAAGCUGAAUCGAGGCCUGUCUGUUAUUGACAGCUACAAAUUACUUAAAGGAGGGGAAUUGACAAAUGAUGAAAUUUUUCUUGCUUGUGCUCUUGGUUGGUGCAUUGAAUGGCUUCAAGCAUAUUUUCUUGUUCUUGAUGAUAUAAUGGAUAAUUCUAUUACCCGCCGUGGCCAACCUUGCUGGUUUAGACUACCAAAGAUUGGCAUGAUUGCUGCAAAUGAUGGCAUUUUACUUCGUAACCAAAUCCCAAGGAUUCUCAAAAAGCAUUUUAGAGACAAGCCCUACUAUGUGGAUCUUCUGGAUUUAUUUAAUGAGGUUGAAUUCCAAACUGCCUCUGGACAAAUGAUAGAUUUAAUCACCACAAUUGAAGGAGAGAAAGAUCUAUCAAAAUACUCAUUACCACUUCACCAUCGGAUCGUUCAAUAUAAAACGGCUUACUAUUCAUUCUAUCUCCCAGUUGCAUGUGCAUUGCUGAUGAAGGGUGAAAAUCUUGAUAACCAUAUUGAUGUGAAGAAUAUCCUUAUUGAAAUGGGGACUUAUUUUCAAGUACAGGAUGAUUAUCUGGAUUGUUUUGGUGAUCCCAAAGUGAUUGGCAAGGUUGGCACAGAUAUUGAAGACUUCAAGUGUUCUUGGCUGGUUGUGAAAGCAGUAGAACUUAGUAAUGAGGAACAAAAGAAGUUAUUAUAUGAGAAUUAUGGGAAGACAGAUGAAGCAUGUGUUGCAAAAGUGAAAGAGUUAUAUAAUGUCCUUAAUCUACAGGGCGUUUUUGAGGAGUACGAGAGCAACAGUUAUCAGAAGCUUGUAACAUCAAUCGAAGUUCAUCCAAGCAAAGCAGUACAAGCAGUGUUGAAAUCGUUCUUGGCAAAGAUAUACAAGAGGCUGAAAUAAGAAAGGAGAUGGAAUGAUGAAAUAGACAUCCAUAGCUGAAACAAGAAAGGAGGCAGAAGUAAUGGACAACCAUAGUUGUUAGCAUUAGCAUUUCCUCUUUUGUACUAAAUGUCAAAGAUAAUAAGGAUAAUUAUGAUAACAAAAGUGCCAAAAAGGAUAACAAAGUAAAAAAAAAAAAAAAAAAAAAAAAAAAAAAAAAAAAUUUGAAAAUUGUGUCUUAGAAUGUUUUCUAGCUAUGUGCGAUCGCUAAUGGUGUUUGAUAUUUGUAAGGUGUAUUUUUAACCAUUUACUUAUUAUGGUUGAGAGAGAAUAAAAGCGCUUAAUCUUUAGCUUUCUCAAAUGUUGUUUAUAACUCUUAGAAACACAGGGAACUUGCACUAUCUUUCAUUCUGAAAUAUUUCUUUUUUAUUCUUUUA